GGUUGAGUGGUGCAGUGAGGGACAAACAAAAGGAGGCGCCGGAGGGGCGCAGUGGCCGGCGGCGGGACGGAGCGGCAGGGGCUCGGUGCUGCCGGCUUGGGCGGCCCUGCGCGGCGAGCCCAGGGAGGCAGCUUCCAUGGAGCAAAAGGAAUGCCAGGACCCUGCCCAGACAGACGUGGGCCAGCCUCAGCACCGACAGCCAACACGCAGAUAGCAGAGCCGUCCACGGGAUAUGGAAGCAUCCUUAGUGCACAUCAAUAGAUGAAUGGAUAAAGAAGAUGCAGCAUAUAUAUGUGAUGGAAUACAACUCACCCAUAAGAAAGAAGGAUAUUUUCCAUUUGCGGUCCUUCAUUCACUUUUUUUUUCACUUCAAAAGCCAGAAUUUUAUAACUGGCAUAGACAUUUUCAUUGCAUCAAAAACAACAAAAUACCUAGAAAUAAACUUAACCAAGGAAGUUACCUAUACUCUGAAAACUAAAACACUGAUGAAGGAAAUUGAAGAUGAUACAAAGAAAUGGAAAGAUAUCUUGUGCUCUUGGACUGGAAGAAUCAACAUUAUCAAAAUGGCCGUGCUACCCAAAGCAACCUACAGACCCAGUGCAACCCCUGUCAAAAUACAAAAGUUGAACCAUGAUUCCAGUGACAGAGCUCCGCUACUUUGCGGACACACAGCCAGCAUACCGGAUCCUGAAGCCGUGGUGGGACGUGUUCACAGACUAUAUCUCCAUUGUCAUGCUGAUGAUCGCGGUCUUUGGGGGCACGCUGCAGGUCACCCAGGACAAGAUGAUCUGCCUGCCAUGUAAGUGGGUCACCAAGGACUCCUGCAACGACUCGUUCCGGGGCUGGGCAUCUCCUGGCCCAGAGCCCACCUAUCCCAACUCCACGAUCCUGUCGACCCCUGAUGGCAGCCCCACGGGCAUCAAGUAUGACCUGGACCGGCACCAGUACAACUACGUUGAUGCUGUGUGCUACGAGAACCGCCUGCACUGGUUCGCCAAGUACUUCCCCUACCUGGUGCUUCUGCACACGCUCAUCUUCCUGGCCUGCAGCAACUUCUGGUUCAAGUUCCCACGCACCAGCUCGAAGCUGGAGCACUUUGUGUCCAUCCUGCUCAAGUGCUUUGACUCGCCCUGGACCACGCGGGCCCUGUCAGAGACGGUGGUGGAAGAGAGUGACCCCAAGCCGGCCUUUAGCAAGAUGAACGGCUCCAUGGACAAGAAAUCGUCGACGGUCAGUGAGGACGUGGAGGCCACUGUGCCCAUGCUGCAGCGGACCAAGUCUCGGAUCGAGCAGGGCAUCGUGGACCGCUCGGAGACGGGCGUGCUGGACAAGAAGGAGGGGGAGCAGGCCAAGGCGCUGUUUGAGAAGGUGAAGAAGUUUCGGACUCACGUGGAGGAGGGGGACAUCGUGUACCGCCUCUACAUGCGGCAGACCAUCAUCAAGGUGAUCAAGUUCAUCCUCAUCAUCUGCUACACCGUCUACUACGUGCAUAACAUCAAGUUCGACGUGGACUGCACCGUGGACAUCGAGAGCCUAACGGGCUACCGCACCUACCGGUGCGCCCACCCGUUGGCCACGCUCUUCAAGAUCCUGGCGUCCUUCUACAUCAGCCUGGUCAUCUUCUACGGCCUCAUCUGCAUGUACACGCUCUGGUGGAUGCUGCGGCGCUCCCUCAAGAAGUACUCGUUCGAGUCGAUCCGCGAGGAGAGCAGCUACAGCGACAUCCCCGACGUCAAGAACGACUUCGCCUUCAUGCUGCACCUCAUCGACCAGUACGACCCGCUCUACUCCAAGCGCUUCGCCGUCUUCCUGUCGGAGGUCAGCGAGAACAAGCUGCGGCAGCUGAACCUCAACAACGAGUGGACGCUGGACAAGCUGCGGCAGCGGCUCACCAAGAACGCGCAGGACAAGCUGGAGCUGCACCUGUUCAUGCUCAGUGGCAUCCCUGACACUGUGUUCGACCUGGUGGAGCUGGAGGUGCUGAAGCUGGAGCUGAUCCCAGAUGUGACCAUCCCGCCCAGCAUCGCGCAGCUCACUGGCCUCAAGGAGCUGUGGCUGUACCACACGGCCGCCAAAAUCGAGGCGCCAGCCCUGGCCUUCCUGCGCGAGAACCUGCGGGCGCUGCACAUCAAGUUCACGGACAUCAAAGAGAUCCCGCUGUGGAUCUACAGCCUGAAGACGCUGGAGGAGCUGCACCUGACAGGCAACCUGAGCGCUGAGAACAACCGCUACAUCGUCAUUGACGGGCUGCGCGAGCUCAAGCGGCUCAAGGUGCUGCGGCUCAAGAGCAACCUGAGCAAGCUGCCGCAGGUGGUCACGGACGUGGGCGUGCACCUGCAGAAGCUGUCCAUCAACAACGAGGGCACCAAGCUCAUCGUCCUCAACAGCCUCAAGAAGAUGGCGAACCUGACGGAGCUGGAGCUGAUCCGCUGCGACCUGGAGCGCAUCCCCCACUCCAUCUUCAGCCUCCACAACCUGCAGGAGAUCGACCUCAAGGACAACAACCUCAAGACCAUCGAGGAGAUCAUCAGCUUCCAGCACCUGCAUCGCCUCACCUGCCUUAAGCUGUGGUACAACCACAUCGCCUACAUCCCCAUCCAGAUCGGCAACCUCACCAACCUCGAGCGCCUCUACCUGAACCGCAACAAGAUCGAGAAGAUCCCCACCCAGCUCUUCUACUGCCGCAAGCUGCGCUACUUGGACCUCAGCCACAACAACCUGACCUUCCUCCCCGCCGACAUCGGGCUCCUGCAGAACCUCCAGAACCUGGCUGUCACGGCCAACCGGAUCGAGGCACUGCCCCCGGAGCUCUUCCAGUGCCGGAAGCUGCGGGCCCUGCACCUGGGCAACAACGUGCUGCAGUCGCUGCCCUCGCGGGUGGGCGAGCUGACCAGCCUGACGCAGAUCGAGCUGCGGGGGAACCGGCUGGAGUGCCUGCCCGUGGAGCUGGGCGAGUGCCCUCUGCUCAAGCGCAGCGGCCUGGUGGUGGAGGAGGACCUGUUUAACACUCUGCCGCCCGAGGUGAAGGAGCGGCUGUGGAGGGCCGACAAGGAGCAGGCCUGAGCGCUGGUGGGCACCCAGCAUGGGCGUCCCGGAGCGGCCAGCAGCGGGACCACUGAGGAGUCCUCAGGCCCAAGGACCCAGGAACCCCGGUUACAACCAGCCUCUCAGCCAGGGCGGGAACCUGGGGCCGAAUGUGAGCUGAGCCGGGUCGACAGGACAGUACCCGAGGGGCUGGCCCCUCUGCUCCGGAGACUCCUGUCCCCCAGGGCAGGUGCCUGUGGGGGAGAUCAGAGACCUGUAGUCUGUCUAGGAGCGCAGUAUUUGGACAAUCGGCCUCUUCCUUGGGGCCAAGUCUGCCCCACAGGCUGAGCCGAUGCCAGAGGUCCAGGGACACCUACUUAGUUCUUGGUAUUUAUUUUCUCCACCUCCCGCCCCCUCCCUCCAGAUAACUUACACAUUCCCAAGAAAGUUCAGCUCAGAUGGGGGGUUUUUAAGGAAGGGCGGGCUCUGUUUCCCUUUUCCUUUUUUUGGUGAUGCCGCCAGCAUUGAAUGCCCACCCAGACUUGAGUAGAGCAGUCCAGGGUGAACCAGUUAUGGGAUGGUCACCCCAGAGGUGCCAGGCAGGGCUCUGGUGGCCCAGCCAGUGGGAAAGCAGGCCACCAGGUAGAAAGGCCAGGACUGGGCUUUGCCUCACCAUUUUUUUUUUUUUUCAGUAAAAAGAAAAACAUUUUUAAAGCUUUGAAAAUUGAUGGUUUGGGUAUUAAAAAGAAAAAACGUUAAAAAAAAAAAAAAGAGGACACUAAAGGCCAGUGAGCUGGGGUCUCAGGGCGGGACAACAGUUCCCCUUGAGCAGAUCAGCAAGACACUGAAUUGUGUUUCCUUCCCCCGGGGUGCAGGCUGCAGGAUGUCCUCCGAAUCUGGUGUGACCUUGGUCUAGGAGUCUGUUUGUUCCUCUCCUCUCCUAGGGCGGGGGUUGUUUUGUUUUGUUUUGUUUUGUUUUUGGUGUCUUGUUUUCUUUCUCCUCCAUGUAUCUUGGCAGGCUCUCAUUUCUGUGGCUGUUGGCCAAAGAGAAUGUUCUGGAGCUGCCAAGAAGGAGGAGACUCGGGUUGGCCAAUCCCCGGAUGAACGGUGCUCCAUCCUCCCCCGUACCUCGUCACAGUGUUAAGGAGCCGAGAGGAGCCACUUCACCUGGACUCUGCUUUCUCACCUCAUAUGUCAUCAUGUGUCAUGAGUUUGCCCAAUGCCAGCCACUACUAGCCUCAGCUGCUGACGUCAGCCCUGUCACCACCUGGUCCUUGAGAACAGACAUUUGGAGGCCGGGCUCGGGUGGGGAAGUUGCAGCUGGGAGACAGGUCCCCAAGUCCUGGUUCCAGUUUCUGUCCCAGGUGCCUGGCACACACAGCCGACUCAGCGCCUGGUGGCGGGAAGCCAGCUCACUUUAGAUCAGUCACCGGGGUCCCCACCUUAGAAGGGUCCCCGCCUUAGAUCAAACCCUUGGACACUAAGGCACGUUUUAGCGUCUCGUCUUAAUGAUUAUGUCCAUUUGUCCAUUUGUGUUCUCUUUGUUGCGUCAUUGGAUGUAAUCCUCAGAAAUAAUGCACACUAGCCUCUGACAACCAUGAAGCAAUCCGUUACACGUGGGUCUGAACUUGUAGACUCGGUUCAAAUAUCAAAUAAAUCUAUAACAGAAAGUA